ACCAUUCAAUUCUUGGCCUCUAGAAUUAUCAUCGCAUAAAAACGACGAAACUUAGAUCAGCAAACAUCACUUUUCUACUAAACAAUGGCUAACAGCUCGUAUCAAGUACAGUUUAUAGCCAACCAAACGAAACUGUUCAACGAUAACAGCUCAAACCAGUCAGGUGCAUCCAUGGAUCUACCGUUGUACUCAAUUAUCGCUUUGACGACCAUAACCGCCACWUUCGCUGUGUUAGGAACCUUUGGUAAUGUCAUAGUUCUUUUUGCCAUUUUGCGUAAUUCCAGCUUAAAGACAACCACUGGUUUGUUCAUCUGUAGCCUGGCAUUCGCUGAUUUGAUUGUAACUUCUGCAAGGCAGCCUUUGAUGAUAUUCGACUUGAACAACAUUGAUGGGCUUGUCAACAAGGAGGCAGAGUAUAACGUAUUUCGAUCAAUAGGAUGUGUGUCUACUCCUGCAUCGUUAGCAUGCAUGUUUGCAGUCACUAUUGAUCGUUUGAUUGCGAUCAAGCGCCCUUUAAAAUAUCCUCUGAUAAUGACAAAGAAACGAGCUUUGUUAAUCAUUAUAGUUUGUUGGGUACUUGCAGUACUGGUCGCUGUUGCACUCCAUUUCAUACUUGAUGCAGCAAGAUAUUUCAUGUGGGGUGCAAUCGUACUAUGUUUACUCGCGACRAUAUCUAUCUAUGUGUAUUUGUUUUUUAUCGCCAAGCAGCACCAGRUCAAAAUCGACAAUACAAACAACAAUUCACAGGUUCAAAACGACGUUAAAUACCAGAARAAAGAAAGAAAAGCAGCUAAAACUACUGCAUUGGUUGUUGGAGUCUUCACGGCGUUUUACACUCCUUUUCUCGUUGUUCCCAUUGCAAUGAACCCCAAAGAGAAGGAAUUCUAUCAUGGAUUCCUCUGGGUUCAUUCUCUGUGCUUAUGGAACAGUUCAGUCAAUCCAUACAUCUACUGUGCAAGAAAUGUAAGAUACCGCAGCGCCAUUAAAGCACUUYUCGGUAUGAGAAAUAAGGACAAUAAAUCGACCAGUAACGACAAAUAAUGGUUUAUACAACUGAUAAUAAACCGAUCUCCAUGACUGACAUUAGAAAUGCUUUAUUUGCCCUCGCUUCAAUGUAAAAAAAGACUAUAAUCAUUUAGAAAAUGGAAUACAAGUAUAAGGCUCUAUUCCAUGGAU